AUGGAGCCCAAGGACGCGGCGGUGGUGUCCGAGGCCCUGGGGGUAGAGCCAUUCGUCGCCUGUGCGUCGGACUUUGGCUGGAUAUCCCGCCCGCGGCUCUGGUGGAUGUCGCCGGCGGUGACUACUCUGUCGCUCGACCCGGCAGAGGGACGGCAGCUCCAGUGGGGCAAGCAGGGGUCGUUCCGGCGACUUCGGCUGGAGUCGGCACGGGCACCGUCGGAAGACAUGCAAGCGGAUGGCCUUUUCUUCCAUGAGGCGGUGACGUCGGGCCGGCUACGGCUGCCGCGCGCCACCGCGCCGGCGGAGGAUGAACAGGGGCGACCGGCGCCCAAGCGUGUCCGGCAGAAACUGCCCGAGCCGGCCAAGGCGCGAUGGGCGGCCGAUGGCCGACGCUUUGCUCCCUGGCACUACGUCGAGGAGGCGAUGAUGCACGAUGCCGCCGGCCGGUUGCACAUCAUCCCACCGGCGGCCAAGGAGAAGCUGCACAUGCUGCCCCCCGGCUACACGGCGGCCGACUUCCUCGACGACCGGGCCCGGCACAAGAUGCUGGCCAACGGUUGGCAUUGGGGAGUGGCGCGUCGGCUGCUGGCCAUGUUGGUGGUUUUGACCGCGGCAGGCCCAGCGCAGGCGGCACCGGCCCCGGAGCCCAGGCGGUCCACGAUGCAGUGGAUGGUCGAACAGUUUGGCGGCGGCCCGGUGCCCAUGGAGCCGCCGCCACGCCUGCGACCGGACCUGGAACUGCCUGACGACGACCGGGACAUGCACUGGCACCUGGCGGGUCAACUGGUACACUGCACCGUGGCACGCCGGCCGAACUUGGAGCCGGCGCUCGAACGGGUGCUGGAGCUAUGGACGCGUUGGCGCCAUGAGGUCACCCGGCUGCGUCGGGAGGUGCUGGUCGAGCUGGCGCAGCUGGUCCUGGACAUGCAGGAAACCACGGACGAGUGGUUGGCGUCACGAUCGGCGCCCGUCAGGUCCACCUACACGGUGCCCGGCAAGGCCCGGCACACGCAGAUCCCCGUCGUGCUGAAUCUCCUUGAGAUGGUCGGUUACCCGGACGUGGCGGGCAUAACGGCGGACCUUACGGACGGCUUUGACAUGCUGGGCGAGCUCCGGCGUGGGCCUGGCUGGAAGUCAACCCGGCGUCGCUCGACACCUUGGCGUCGGUGA